AUGUUGCUGCUCACGAUGAUCGCCCGGGUGGCGGACGGGCUCCCGCUGGCCGCCUCCAUCCAGGAGGACGAACAGGCUUUUCGGGACCUUCAGAAGUACCAGAGUCAGGCUAAGCAACUCUUUCGAAAAUUGAAUGAGCAGUCCCCUACCAGAUGUACUUUGGAAGCUGACACCAUGAGUUUUCAUUACAUUAUUGAACACGGAGUGUGUUACUUGGUUUUGAGUGAAGCUAACUUCCCUAAGAAGUUGGCUUUUGCCUUUCUAGAAGAUUUACACUCAGAGUUUGAUGAACAGUAUGGAAAGAAGGUGCCCACUGUGUCUAGACCUUAUUGCUUUAUUGAGUUCGAGACCUACAUCCAGAAAACCAAGAAGCUGUACACUGACAGUCGUGCUCGGAGAAACUUGGGCUCCAUUAACACUGAAUUGCAAGACGUGCAGAGGCUCAUGGUGGCCAAUAUCGAAGAAGUGUUACAACGAGGAGAGGCCCUCUCAGCAUUGGAUUCAAAGGCUAACAAUUUGUCCAGUCUGUCUAAGAAAUACCGCCAAGACGCGAAGUACUUGAACAUGCGGUCCACUUACGCCAAACUCGCCGCAGUGGCCGUGUUUUUCAUCAUGUUGAUAGUGUAUGUGCGGUUCUGGUGGCUGUGA